AUGGCAUCGAAUUGCCUAGUCAACGUGCCCAAACUGAAAGGCAGAGAAAAUUACUCAGAAUGGGUUUUCGCUGCACAGAAUUUUCUAGUCCUGGAGGAUAUGGUGCAUUGCAUCAGGCCAAUACCUGGGAAGACGAUAGAAACUGCAGAAGAUGCGAAAACAAAGGCAAAGCUUAUCAUGACUAUAGACAGCGCCUUGUACGUGCAUAUCAAGGAAGUCAAAACAUCGUCAGAACUUUGGAACAAGCUUAAGUCAUUAUUUGAUGAUUCCGGAUUUUCGCGAAGAAUAUCUCUUUUGCGAAACCUUAUUUCAAUACGGUUGGAAAACUGUGCUUACAUGCAGGCGUACGUCACGCUGAUCGUCGAGACAGGUCAAAAGUUGAGCGGGACAGGUUUUAAAAUCAGUGACGGCUGUCUUUUACUAGCUGGAUUGACGGAAAAAUUCAUGCCGAUGAUCAUGGCCAUUGAGCAUUCAGGUAUCCAAAUUACAACGGACGCCAUUAGAACCAAGCUGAUGGAUAUGGAAACGGAAGUUCGGGGUUCUCAAUCUAGUGAAAUUGGUGGGGCAUUUGCAAGUGGCGCACAGAAGUGGCAACCUAAGAAAAAUAAAAAUGUGUCAGCCGGUGCGCAAAGUCAAGCUAAGUCAAAUGUCAGUGUCAGUGGUGGUGCCAAAAGUCAUGUCAAAUGUUACCAGUGUAAACAAACGGGUCACUACAAGAAUCAAUGCCCAAAUAAUGAUAAUUCAAGUAAUUAUUCGAAAGUAUUGCAACGUAAACAGAGUAAUGCAUUCAGUGCAGUGUUUUUGAGUGGCCAAUUCAACAAGUACGACUGGUACAUCUGGACUCUGGCGCGAGUAUGCACUUGA